AUGGCGCCCGUCCAGAUUGACAACAAGGCCCUGGUCGACUUCAACCAGAAGAGCCUACUCAUUUCUGCCGCUGCAAUUGCCUUCAACCCGUUGUUCUGGAACAUCGUCGCAAGACAAGAGUACAAGAACAAGAUCCUCACCAAGCUCGCUGGUGGACGUUCGCAAGCUGCAUGCUACGGUCUGGCUGCCACCAUCUUUUCUCUCGGCAUUUUCCGUGAUCUUCUCUACGAACGGGCUCUGCGCUUCCAGCCAGCCCACCCACUUCUCGCGUCCGAUGCGGUGACCUAUGUCGGAUACGCCCUCGUGGCAUGUGGCAACGUUCUCGUUCUCUCUUCGACAUGGCAGCUGGGUAUUACCGGCACGUUUCUCGGUGACUACUUCGGCAUUUUGAUGGACAGCAUCGUGACUGGCUUCCCCUUCAGCAUUACCGACGCCCCGAUGUACAAUGGGUCCACCUUGAGCUUCCUUGGCGCCGCCCUCAUCUACGGCAAGCCCGCCGGCAUCCUGCUGACUGUCUGGGUCUUCAUCGUUUACCAAAUUGCCCUGCGCUAUGAGAACCCCUUUACUGCUGGCAUCUAUGCCAAGAGAGACCGCGAACGUGCUGCUGGCAAGGACACCAAGAAGAUUAGGUCCCCGCCGGGAUACUGCGGUGAUAUGGGUCUCGGUGAGCCCGGUCAGUCCGCAUCGCGGACCAGAUCAAAAUCUGUCGUUGCUACCUGGGAUACCAUGAAGCCUACAUGGCUGGAUGAGCCCGUCGCUGAGCAAGGUGGCAGUUCCCGCCGAUCCAGCGUCAGUCCUUUCACCGCCGACUACACCAUCAGCCAAACUCUACAUGGCCAGUCACACUCGGAGUCCAGGCGACUGAGUGACGUGCCACCGGAUUUCAUCAACCUCAAUGCCAUUGCAUCUUCGCAGGGCACGUCGGCCAGCGCUGAGGGUUUUGCCCCGAAUACGCUCAAGAAGCAGACGCGGAUCGACGACGAGGGCCCGUUUUCGCUCCUUGAAGGACCGACACUUCCCUUGCCAGGCCAUACCGUUCACAAGAGGGAGGAGAACUGGAUCAACAGGCGAUGGAGCGACCUCAUCACAUUUGGCAAGUUUGUGGGACCCGGGUUCAUGAUUGCCGUCGCAUAUAUUGAUCCCGGAAACUACGCCACUGAUAUCGCCGCCGGGGCUUCCUAUCACUUUGACCUGCUGUUCAUCGUUCUGCUGAGCAACAUUGUUGCGAUAUUCCUCCAGGCGCUGUCUAUCAAACUCGGGACCAUCACAGGCCUCGACUUGGCGACCGCCUGCCGCGUCUUCCUCCCGAAAUGGAUGAACCUCACCGUCUACGCACUCGCCGAGAUUGCCAUUGUCGCGACGGAUAUGGCGGUCGUCAUUGGAACUGCAACGGCUAUACACCUGCUUAUACCAAAGUUGCCGUUGAUCGCCUGCGUCGUUCUCACCAUUGUGGACGUUGUCUUCAUCGUCGUCUUUUACCGCCCUGAUGGUUCGAUGCGCGGCCUACGGCUGUUUGAGAUUGGCGUUUGUUUCCUUGUUUUGGGCGUCGUCGUUUGCUUCUGUAUUCAGCUUUCGUUGAUUGAGAAUACGACCGUCGGUCAGGUGUUUCGCGGAUACCUCCCGUCCAGCUCCAUCAUCCAGACUCAGGGAUUAUAUCAGUCUUGUGGAAUCUUGGGCGCAACAGUCAUGCCUCACAGCCUCCACCUCGGCUCGGGCGUCGUCCAGUCCCGCCUCAAAGACUUUGACAUGAAGGAGGGUAAUCUCCAGGAACUCCCCCGCUCCGACACAAUGACCACCGUCGACAGCUACAACAAGGUCUUUUACUUCCCCUCCAUGGCCGCCAUAAAGCACUGCAUGAAGUUCUCCAUCGCCGAGAUCGUCUUCUCCCUCUUCAUCUUUGCGCUCUUCGUCAACUCGGCCAUUCUCAUCGUGGCGGGUUCAGCGCUCUACCAGGGCCAGACGUCUCUCGCCUCUGACAUCUUCGGUAUGCACGACUUACUUGCCAACAGCAUCUCCUCCGCCGCUGGGAUCAUCUUUGCCUUUGCCCUCCUUUUGUCAGGCGUAUCCGCAGGCCUGGUAUGCACCAUCGCCGGCCAGCUCGUCAGCGAGGGGGCGCUCAACUGGCGCAUGCGGCCCUGGCUCCGCCGCCUCGCGACGCGCCUCAUAAGCGUCACGCCGACCGUUGUCGUCGUCGCCGUCGCGGGGCAAUCCGGGCUCAGCAACGCCUUGACGGGCACGCAGGUGGUGCUUAGCACCGUGUUGCCCAUCAUCACGGCGCCGCUGAUUUAUUUCACGUCGUUUGACAAGUACAUGACUGUCGUACCCGGCGCCGCGAGCUACGAGUCUGAUACGGGCGUCGUGCCGGCGCGGCGGUUUAGUGCUGUUGGGGUGAAGAUGGCGAAUUCGUGGUGGGUUACGGUGCUUGCUGUUUUGCUUUGGUUGAUGAUUACUGUCAUGGUUGUGGCGAAUCUGGUGUUGUUGGUGUUGAAUGCUCAUAAUUGA